AUGUCAUCCAAGCACCUGGUGGAGACAAUCUGGUGGAUUUCUGGUUCCUGCUCAAUAUCUCGCAGAAUCGGGAAAGAUGUGCGCAGGUUAUCAGAUAGCAAGGGCGCAAGAACCAACCUGAAAAUUAUUCUAAAAGGCAUAAUGACCGCAGAGGAUACAUUGCUUGCCAUUGGACAUGGCGCUGACGCAAUCAUUGUGCCCAACAACGAAGGCCGCCAGCUGGACUCUGUCCCCUCCAGUAUCAAAGUGCUGCCGGAAAUAGUCAGUGCAGUUCGCGGUAGGGUUCCGUCACUACUGAUAGCGGAAUUACGAGGGGAAGCGACGUAUUCAAAGCAUUGGCGUUGGGUGCGGAUUUCGCACUCGUGGGUCGUUCGGCAUCAUGGGGUCUCAAUUUUGGCGGACAGGAAGGGGGUGGAGAGAGUACUGGAUAUUCUUGAGCGGGAGCUUUCGAGGACGAUGACGGUGAAAGAAUCACCAAAGAGGUUCGUUCGCGAUAGCCGAGAUGUGAUCCCUGAGAGAAAUGGGGUGUCACAAUGGGCACCCGGGAAUAAGAUGUAG